CUUGAAAGCUGAUGUAAAAUCCCUUUGGAGGGUGACUGAGGACCCUCAUUGUCCCUGGCUUGCGCUAACAAGCAGUGGAACAGUCGCCUCUGCUCAUUGCAACUGCAAGCUGGAGGAGGCGGAGGAGGAUGCUGCGCUCAACCCUUGGCGCGUUCUUGCCACCUCUUGGGCCAGCGCACGGUGCCUCUGACUCAGAGCCACCUUUCACUUGUAUCAGCCUGAAGGAAUUAAGAAGGGAGAGGGGUGGCCAGGUCCCCCAGGUUCCACGGGACAUCAGGAGCACCCAUAUCAGGAUCCCCAGGAGGAGCAGCAGCAGGAGGAAAGUAGAGCACAGCAACUGUCCCUCAUCGGUAGUGGAAAGUAUUACCUCAGACGCCAGCGCCUCCUCCAGUUUCCCUGACACUUCUCCCUUUUCGGCUCCAAGAUCCAUGUGGCAAGAGGCAAUAAGGAGGAAGCGGUACCUCCUGGACCGGGCUGGUGAGGGGGGCAAGGGAGGUCAGGAGAGGAGGAAUAGAUCCCAGGACUGGUUGUAUGAGUCGUACUACUGUAUGAGCCAGCAGCAUCCACUCAUUGUGUUCCUGCUGCUUAUAGUGAUGGGAGCAUGCCUGGCUCUGCUGGCUGUCUUCUUUGCAUCAGGACUGAACGUCGAGGACCAUGUGGCCUUUGUAAUCACAGUGCCCACAGCGUUGGCGAUCUUCCUGGCUGUAUUUGUUUUGGUCUGCAUUGAAUCCAUUUUCAAGAAACUUCUUCGGGUGUUCUCCCUUGUCAUCUGGGCCUGCUUGGCUGCUAUGGGUUACCUCUUUAUGUUUUCCGGUGGGAUCGUGUGUCCAUGGGACCAGGUAUCUUUCUUUUUAUUUAUUGUUUUUGUGGUUUACACGAUGCUGCCAUUCUCCAUGCGGGAUGCCAUCAUCGCUAGUGUUCUCACCUCUGCCUCGCACACCGCUGUGUUGAGUGUCUGCCUGUCCACCACAGCUGAUCACAUGGAACCUGUCGUAUGGCAGAUUUUGGCCAAUAUCAUCAUUUUCAUGUGUGGCAACAUGGCAGGGGCGUACCACAAACACCUGAUGGAGUUGGCUCUCAAACAGACUUAUCAGGACACCUGCAACUGCAUCAAAUCCCCCAUUAAACUGGAAUUUGAAAAGAGACAGCAGGAGCGUCUGCUGUUGUCGCUGCUGCCAGCACACAUUGCCCGUGUGAUGAAAGCAGAGAUCAUCCAGAGACUAAAAGGACCAAAUUUUGGUCAGAUAGAGAACACAAACAAUUUUCACAACCUCUAUGUUCAAAGACACACCAAUGUCAGCAUACUGUAUGCUGAUAUAGUUGGAUUCACGCGCCUUGCCAGUGACUGCUCACCUGGCGAGCUGGUGCACAUGCUGAAUGAACUGUUUGGCAAAUUUGACCAAAUUGCCAAGGAAAAUGAAUGUAUGCGGAUAAAAAUCCUUGGUGACUGUUACUAUUGUGUAUCUGGCCUACCGGAGUCUUUACCAAAUCACGCCAAGAACUGUGUCAAAAUGGGCCUGGACAUGUGUGAAGCAAUCAAGAAAGUGCGCGAUGCCACAGGGGUUGACAUCAAUAUGCGUGUUGGCGUGCAUUCAGGGAACGUUCUGUGUGGGGUCAUCGGACUUCAGAAAUGGCAGUAUGAUGUUUGGUCACAUGAUGUCACGCUGGCCAACCACAUGGAAGCAGGAGGUGUGCCAGGGCGAGUCCACAUCACAUCAGUGACACUAGAACACCUAAAUUCAGCCUAUAAAGUAGAAGAUGGGGAUGGGCAGGAGCGAGACCCUUAUCUGAAGGAGCAUGGAGUCAUCACAUAUUUGGUUAUCAACCCAAAGGUGGAACGUCGUAGCCCGCAACAUCACUACAGGCCCAGGCACACUGUGGACGGAGCCAAGAUGAGAGCCUCCGUUAGGAUGACCCGCUACCUGGAGUCUUGGGGGGCUGCCAAGCCUUUCGCCAACUUGCACCACAGGGACAGCAUGACCAAUGAGAAUGGCAAGAUCAACACAGCUGAUGUGCCACUGGGACAGUAUCAUUUCCAGAGGAGAUCUGAAAGGACAAAGUCUCAGAAGAAGCGGUUUGAGGAGGAACUUAAUGAGAGGAUGAUCAGGACCUUUGAUGGCAUCAAUUCACAAAAGCAGUGGCUUAAAUCCGAGGACAUCCAAAGAAUAUCUUUGUUCUUUCACAAUAAAUCCCUGGAAAAGGAGUACAGAACAACAAUCUUGCCAGCCUUCAAAUACUACGUCACCUGCGCCUGUCUUAUCUUUUCCUGCAUUUUCAUUGUGCAGAUACUCGUCUUACCAAAGACAGCAGUGUUGGCAAUAUCUUUUGGGAUGGCAUUCUUUCUCCUUUCCAUAAUUGUCUUCAUAUGUUUCAUUGGGCACUUCAUGCACUGCAGCAAAAGCGCCCCCACAUCAUGGAUGUGGCUGCUAAGGUCCUCUGUUAUUAUAGCCAACAAGCCAUGGCCCCGAAUCACACUCACCUUGACAACAACCGCUCUCAUCCUCACUAUGGCAGUAUUCAACAUGUUCUUUCUGGAGGAAAUCGUGUUGCCUCCAGUUGCUGUCAAUAUUUCGUCCAAUGAAACAAAGCUUUACCCAGACGGACAACCAGCUGCCGUUACUGGCAAGAACAACUUCUACCUUCCUUAUUUGAUUUACAGCUGCAUUCUGGGCCUGAUCUCGUGCUCGGUGUUCCUGAGGAUAAACUAUGAGCUGAAAAUGAUAACCAUGUUGACAGCCGUGGUGGUUUACAACAUCAUAAUUCUUCAAACUCACGCUUCGCUGUUGGAUGAAUAUAGCAGAUUCCUGUACAAAUCUGAAAGCCUAGAUAGACCAGGAGUCCUCAAAGACCUGAAGACUAUGGGCUCUAUCUCACUCUUCAUUUUUUUCAUCACUCUACUUGUGCUUGCUCGGCAGAAUGAAUAUUACUGUAGGUUAGACUUUCUGUGGAAGAACAAGUUCAAGAAGGAGUGUGAGGAGAUCGAAACUAUGGAAAACCUCAACCGUGUCUUGCUGGAGAACGUUCUGCCUGCACAUGUUGCUGAGCACUUUCUAGCACGGAACUGGAAAAAUGAGGAUCUAUACCACCAGUCUUAUGAUCUGGUGUGUGUCAUGUUCGCCUCAAUCCCGGACUUUAAAGAGUUUUACACAGAAUCUGAUGUCAACAAGGAGGGAUUAGAAUGUCUCCGACUUCUCAAUGAGAUCAUCGCUGAUUUUGACGAGUUAUUGUCAAAACCUAAAUUCAGUGGUGUGGAAAAGAUUAAAACUAUUGGAAGCACAUACAUGGCUGCUACAGGACUCAAUGCUUCGCCUGGACCAGAGUACUCCUCACAGGAACAUGACAGACAGUACAUGCACAUUGGGACAAUGGUGGAGUUUGCAUUUGCUUUAGUGGGGAAGCUGGAUGUGAUCAACCGACACUCCUUCAAUGAUUUCAAACUCAGAGUUGGUAUCAACCAUGGUCCAGUAAUUGCUGGAGUCAUUGGCGCACAAAAACCACAGUACGAUAUUUGGGGGAACACGGUGAACGUAGCCAGCCGAAUGGACAGCACAGGGAUACUGGGAAAAAUUCAGGUGACGGAGGAGACAAGCCGCAUCCUUCUGACGCUGGGCUACAUGUGUUCCUGUAGAGGCAUCAUUAACGUCAAGGGCAAAGGAGAGCUCAAAACCUACUUUGUUCACACAGAAAUGACCCGCUCACUGUCUCAAGGGAAUAUGAUGCCAUGAGGCUGCCGUUGAAUUAUUAUUUUGGCAUCAGAGCCAACACUGAUAUCAGGUUGGAGACUUUUUUUCGUGGCGGUGGAAAAAAAAUGUAGAUAUUAGACAAACGGACUCCAAAAAAAAUUGCUGCUUUGCCACAGCUGUAGUAUACAUUUGUCACUUUUUGUAAGUGUAGCAUGUACAGCCUGUAGGGAAAUGAAAUCAUGAAAUCUAUCGUAAUUUGAUUGUUGGAUUAAGAAAGCCAAAGUGGCAUGAAUCAAGCCAGCCAAGCAAGUUCAGCUCCAAAAACAAUCCAGAAUGUACUUUGACUCAAUCCUGGCAGACUUCAAAGAGCCCAUUGCUGCAGUAGUUUAUCAACCCCCCGCCCCAC